AUGGGCGCAUGUUUAAGCUGUUGCGUUUCUUCGCAUUCCUCUAAUGAAGAUUCUUCAACUAAUGAUAAUAAUGGUACUCCAAACAAUAAUAACGUUCUAUCUAUUGCUGAUAACGAACGUGAAGCAGUUUCCUCAUUAUUGCAAUACUUGGAGGAUAAAGACAGAUACGAUUUUUAUGAAGGUGGACCGCUAAAGGCACUAACCACCUUGGUCUAUUCAGAUAAUAUCAAUUUGCAAAGAAGUGCAGCCUUAGCGUUUGCAGAAAUUACUGAAAAAUACAUACGUGCUGUUUCCCGCGAGGUUUUGGAGCCUAUUUUAAUUCUAUUACAAAACAAUGACACACAAAUCCAAAUUGCUGCCUGUGCUGCGUUGGGCAACUUGGCUGUCAACAAUGAAAACAAAGUGUUGAUUGUAGAAAUGGGUGGGUUAGAACCAUUAAUAAAACAAAUGAUGAGUCCUGACGUUGAAGUACAAUGUAAUGCCGUUGGUUGCAUAACUAAUUUAGCUACCCAGGAUGAUAACAAAGCUAAAAUUGCAAAAUCUGGUGCAUUGGUCCCCUUAACCCACUUAGCAAAAUCCAAAAAUAUCAGAGUACAAAGGAAUGCCACCGGUGCAUUAUUAAAUAUGACUCAUUCUGGUGAAAACAGAAAAGAAUUAGUUGAUGCUGGUGCUGUGCCUGUUUUAGUUUCAUUGCUAUCUUCAAAGGAUCCCUUUUAUGUUCAAUACUAUUGUACCACUGCGUUGUCUAACAUAGCUGUCGAUGAGGAAAAUAGAAGGAAAUUGGCUCAGACUGAACCCAAAUUAGUCCCUAAAUUGGUUGCCUUAAUGGAUUCCCCAGUUAAUAGGGUUAAAUGCCAAGCUACUUUAGCUCUAAGAAAUUUGGCUUCCGAUACAAAUUACCAAUUAGAAAUUGUUAGAGCUGGAGGUUUACCUCAUCUAGUCAAAUUAAUUCAAAGUGAUAGUAUGCCAUUGGUGUUGGCUAGUGUUGCCUGUAUAAGAAAUAUUUCUAUUCAUCCCAUGAACGAGGGACUAAUUGUGGAUGCUGGUUUUAUGAAGCCAUUGGUGAAGUUAUUGGAUUACGACAAUUCCGAAGAAAUUCAGUGCCAUGCCGUUUCUACUUUAAGGAACUUGGCGGCAUCUUCAGAAAAGAAUAGAAUUGGCUUUUUCGAAUGCGGUGCAGUUGACAAAAUUAAGAAAAUGGCUCUGAAUUGUCCGCUAAGCGUUCAAAGUGAGAUUUCCGCUUGCUUUGCCAUAUUAGCUUUGGACGAAAGUUCCAAGUUGAAAUUGAUCGAUAGUGAUAUAAUUGAGGUUUUAAUCCCCAUGACUUUUUCAAGCAAUACAGAAGUUUCCGGCAAUGCAGCGGCUGCCUUGGCUAAUUUAUGUUCCAGAAUGGGUGAUUAUACAAAAGUUAUUAAUGCAUGGAACGAGCCACAAGAUGGUAUUUCUGGGUUUUUCCUGAGGUUUUUACAAAGUGAAUAUCCAACCUUUGAACACAUUGCUCUUUGGACCAUUUUGCAACUACUAGAAAGCCAUGAUCCCACUUUAACUUCGUAUAUUAAGAGGAAUAAGGAUAUAGUGGAUAGUAUAAAGAAAUUGGCAGAAAUUAACUAUGAAAGCGCGCAAAGGGCUUCUAUUUCACCUUCAUCCGAUAGCAACAAGAAUAAAAGCAAUAACAACACCACCAUUAAUAGUAAUAGUGGCGGUGAACAAUAUGACGAUGCUAGUUUAGAAUUAUACAAUAUUACACAACAAAUAAUGCAAUUUUUGCAAUAA